GGACCUGUCAUUCCAUUAACUCCACCCUGACAGAAAAAAUAUAAAACCAGAAACGACUUGGUUCUGACUGUCAGACCUUUCGACUUUCAAGAUGACUUGUGAGAAUUCUUCUAUCAUUCACUGGGAAUGUAAUGCAAGAGAUUUGUGGACUCUUCCCUCCUUGGAUUCAGUGGACAGGUUAUUUUUCUGCCAUGGAUAACACCAGAAUCCUGCAAUGAGUAGGUACAUGUGCAGUGAGCGACAGCUAGGAGAGCAGUUCAGGGCACGAGCCAAAGGCACACACACCCACUAGCAGAGAGCAAGACUGCAUUAUUCAAGGAUCCUCUUCUCUACGCUCCUCUGGGCCAGUGACUCACCCCCUCUGUACCUCUUGCUGAGCCAUUAUUACCAUGGAAACCCCGAGCCAGAAACGCACCAGCCGUGGUGCCACCUCCCCGGCCCGCAUCACCAGGCUGCAGGAGAAGGAGGACCUGUGUAACCUCAAUGACCGCCUGGCUGUCUACAUUGAUAAGGUGCGCUCACUGGAGUCGGAGAACGCUGUUCUGCGACUGCGUAUCACUGAGUCGGAGUCCUCGGUCACUCGUGAUGUGUCGGGCAUGAAGGCUACCUAUGAAGCAGAGCUGGCCGACGCCCGCAAGACCCUGGACCAGGUGGCCAAGGAGCGAGCACGCCUGCAGCUGGAGCUGGGAAAGAUAAGGGAGGAGCACAAGGAGCUCAAAGCCAGGAAUAGUAAAAAGGAGUCUGACCUGGAGGCGGCUCUGCUCAGGCUGAGGGACCUUGAGGCCCUGCUCAACUCUAAAGAUGCUUCUCUCAACACUGCCAUGGGGGAGAAGCGAACCCUGGAGGCUGAGGUGAAGGACCUCAAGGCCCAGCUGGCCAAGUUGGAGAGUAACUUAGCUGAUGCCAAGAGGCAGUUGCAGGAUGAGAUGCUGAGGAGAGUGGAUGCAGAGAACCGCCUGCAGACCGUGAAGGAGGAACUGGAGUUCCAGAAGAACAUCUACAACGAGGAGCUGCGUGAGUCUAAGCGUCGGUACGAGUCUAACGUCGUGGAGAUCGACAGCGGGUGUCAGCGGGAAUUUGAGAGCAAGCUGUCGGAGGCCCUGGCUGAAAUGAGAGCCCAACACGAGGAACAGGUCCGCCUCUACAAGGAGGAGAUUGAGAAGACCUACAACUCUAAGUUGGAGAAUGCCCGUCAUUCAGCUGAAAGGAACAGCCACAUGGCGGGAGCUGCCCAUGAAGAGCUGCAGCAGAGCCGUGUUCGAAUAGAGAGCAUGUCAAGCCAGCUCGGCCUGCUGCAGAAACAGCUGUCGGCAAGUGAGGCCAAGGUGCGUGAACUGGAGGAGUCUCUGUCAAGAGAGCGGGACAUGAUGCGCCGGCGUCUGGAGGAUAAAGAGCGGGAGAUGGCUGACAUCCGAGCUCGGAUGUUGCAGCAACUCGAGGAGUACCAGGAGCUGCUGGACAUCAAACUGGCCCUGGACAUGGAGAUUAAUGCUUACAGGAAGCUGCUGGAGGGAGAGGAGGAGAGGCUGCGUCUGUCACCCAGUCCUCAACCCACCAAGGUCACAGUGGCGCGGACCUCUGGCUCAGGCCACAGCCACACCAGCCGCCUGGUCCAUUCCGCUGCCACCGCCUCCAGCAGCCGCAACUCCUCCGGCACGGGCAGCACCAAGAAGCGCCGCCUGAACGACAAUGACAGUGAGACCUCCAGCAUGGUGGGAGGAACUGUGACCAAGACUCGCAUUAGUCAGCACGCCUCCGCCAGCGGCCGCAUCACAGUGGACGAAGUUGACCUGGAGGGCAAGUUCAUCCGUCUCAGCAACAAGGCCGACGAGGACCAAUCUCUGGGCAACUGGCAGGUGAAGAGACAAGUAGGUAGUGCCACCCCCAUCAUCUACAAGUUUCCCCACAAGUUCACCCUGAAGGCUGGAGGAACUGUCACUAUCUGGGCUGCAUCUGGCGGUGGAACCCACAACCCCCCAACUGACCUGGUGUGGAAGAGCCAGAACUCCUGGGGCACCGGCGAGCUCCUGCAGACCAUCCUCAUCAAUGCCAACGGAGAGGAAAUGGCCAUGAGGAAAGUAACACGGACCUUGUUCCAUGAUGAUGAAGAUGAUGACAUGGGAGCUCACAGCACGAGCGGUGCAGAGAACGAGUACAACUUGCGGAGCCGCAAGGUGAUCUGUGACUCCUGUGGGCAGCCGUCAGAGCGUGGCUCAGGUGUUUGCAGCAGCGGGGGUCUACCUGAAGGCCUCGUGGGACAUUCCUUUUUCAUGGGCACCAACGAGCCCAGACAGGGCCGUGCCAAGCCGGAGAACUGCUCCAUCAUGUAAAACCAAACAGCACCUCACGUGAACCCACCACCACCUGUAGCCCACAAAAAAUAUUUUCUACUGUUGGGAUGUAUCUUUAUUUUUUUAUAUGAUCUCGUCAGAUUUUGUAUUCAAAUUUAUCUGCAUGUUAAAUUUGCUUUGAGGUUUUGGCAAAGGGCACAGGAUUUUCAUAAUCAACCUUUGAGGUUUUUUUUUUUUAUAUAUAUAUUCAAGUUAUGUUAUUGCAUGUGUGCCUCGCUAAUGCUUGUACUCUAUCCUGCUCUUCUUGCGCCCUCUCACACUCACACAUUGACACACAGACAUAGAGCUCCAUUGACCAGUGCUUCGAUCCAAGCCGGGGUUUCACAUUUAAUGGCCAAGCUGUCAUCACUCAACACGCACAGCUAGUGAACCCUGACAGGAAUAAGUCUCUACAGCCAUACAGACAUCAGGAGAAUGAAUCCUGUGGGGUUUGUUAAUCAUGUUUAUCGCCCAUCAAAUAGAUUUAUUUAAGAUGUUGGUGAUGUUGAAAUUUAUUUUCCUUGUUUCUUUGGAACAGUAUUGUGCUAACUUUAUAUGCUACAGAGAAAAGAAAACUUAUUUUUCUAAUCUACAUUAGAAAAGUCAAGGAAAGCCAAAGUGCUGUAAGCUCAGGGUGUUCAGCAGCUGUUUUCACCUUGGCCUUAGACAAACAUGUUAUAAUACAUUUCCUAUGUGGAUUUAGAUGGUUGGACAGCUGUGGACACAGAGAAAGUAAUUACUUGAGAUGAAUGUAUAUUUUUCUGUAAUUCCCAGCUCGACCCCAGAGAAAUGUAUUAUGUUUUUGAACGUGUAUAUAAAUAGGGAAUUAUUCUUUGCUGGAUAAGUUGAUUGUACCUGGUUAAAUGAAUCCCAUAUGUAGCUCAGAUUGAUGUACAUGUAGAUGGGUUGCCUUAAUUGUUUUUUUUUGUUUGUUUUUUUAAAAGUAAUUCCAAAGAGGUUUUGUCGUGAUCAAAGGAAAAUGUAGAAUUUAUUUUCUACGUUGGGAAAAUAUCUAUUGAGUUUUGACUGAUAAAUUUGGUGCCAUAUAUAUAUACAGUUUAUAUUUAUAGGAUUUCUCAGCUUAUUCAACUAAAUGAACACUAUUCUAAUAUAUAACUAAUUGCAGCUAUUAACAGAGUGCAACAGAUUUAUUUGGAAACAUUUUAACAAGCUUUUUUAGAGAUUAUAAAUACAAAUGUGCCUUUGGAGGACAGAAAAAAACCCAUAAUCAAUCCGUGUUCUUUGAGCACAUGCCUCAUAUUGCAGUCUUGUGACUGUCAGCUGUCCUCUGGUUUGUGUUGAGGUUUUUCCUGGUCAUAAGGGCUUAUUUUCCCUUUCCUCUAAGCUUACUGGCUUUGCAAAUCUCUAGGCAUGAUUUUGGGAUCUGAGUAGGAUUGUGGGCUUUUGUAUACUUUGGCUUCAAAAAAAAAUACUUGAUAGCUGUUUUUGAUAUUUUGUUUUGUUACUUUUUUUUUUAUUUGUGCCACAUUAGAUUCUUCUUUUUUGCCUCAAGUAGAUAUUUGAUUUUGACACUAUGAUUGCUAAAGUGCCUUAAAGUCCAUGACAGUUGUUAGUUAAAAGAAAUGGCCAGCUCCAAAGAUGUUUAGUAUUUGGCCUCUGUGACACAUUUAUAAUAGACACAGACAUAGCAUUUAUGUCAUAUGUACAUUUGAGACAAGCUUACUGUGUGUAAUAUAUGCAACUAUUAAAUGAAUCAUCCCUCUCAGAACAGAUCACCCAAAGGGUGUGGUCAGAGUUUUUCAGAGGCCUGUUUGAAUUUAAACCAGAAAGAACCUUCUUCCUUUUGUUUGUGUUUUCUUAAGAAACAUACAGCUGCUCUUUAACUUGUGUAUGCAAUGGUGGUUCAAGUUAAUGAACAACCAAGACACUUAUAAAAUCAGAUUCAAACCACAGAUGUAACAAAACCUCUUGAAAGGCCUUUGUGAAAUCCUGAACCCUCCCUUUUUUAAGUCUUGUUGGAGGCCUCCUGAAUCAUUUUAAGGACCUGAGGAUUUAAAAUGUUACAGAAAGGGAUUUGUUUUGAGCAUUUAAUGCCAAAGUUAUAAUUUGCUUGAAGUUUUGUCAUUUCUAUCAUAACGAUUCUGUUAAAAUUAUGGAAAAGCCAUGCAUUCAGUUGAUGUAAUUUGUUUUCUUUUCUAAAAUGAGUAAAAUUCUUUUUUUUUUUUUCCAA